AUGAUGUUUGACACAACCAAUACACAUUACUACUCAUUGGUGGUGGAUUGGGAUGGUUACACAAUAGGUUACUAUGGCCGCAUAUUUGAAGCUCGCAACAAAACAAAAGGGGGUUCUUUUGUGGGUGAUGAGAAAGAAUUUUUCAAAUUUACCUUAGGAUCUCAUGAGGUAAUACCCGCAUUUGAGGAAGCUGUCUCCGGGAUGGCACUAGGCGGUAUCAGAAGGAUCAUUGUACCUCCAGAACUAGGAUACCCGGAAAACGACUUCAACAACAGCGGUCCAAAGCCGACAACUUUCUCGGGUCAAAGAGCACUAGAUUUUGUGCUGAAGAACCAGGGGCUCAUCGACAAGACUCUUCUCUUUGAUGUGGAACUCCUCAAAGUCAUACCAAACUGAACUGAUCAACCAGAAUGAUGCCAAAAUCACAUGGACAUGUAAAUAUUUUAAUCUUUAAGCUUAUUAAGAUAUUCUCAAAGCCUCCUUUAUGCAUUGGUAAAAAACGUCCAUAAGAUAAGAUCACAUGAUCGAUUUUUGAGCUCCU